AUGCACGAAUACAUCACGAUAUAUAAUCUGUGGCCGGUCGCACGAUCACCGGACGAGGCACGCAACGUCACACCUGAGCUCGCUUCCCGCCGCGGCCGUUGCGCAACAGGAAAGCGGGGGUGUGGCGGCGGACGAGUGAAAGUGCGGUCGUCGCACCCGGCCCGCGCGCCGAAUGUCAAUGCGAAACGCACGCGCCCCGCGCGCCGCCUCCAAGGAGCCGCGGGCGCGUUCGAAAAUCGAAUCUGCUUACCGCGAAAAGCGAUUGCGUUGACA